AUGUUAAAUAAACCUGAAAACAAUAAUCAAUAAAUUGAAAUGUCUUCUUAAUAAGUUCCUCAAAAAAACUAGGAAAAAAAAAAAGACUAUGAAAACGAAUAAUAAAUUUAAAAUUUAAAUAGUGAACUUUAAUAAUAUAACUCAUUAUUAUAUAUGCCUAAAAGUGAUUUUUUUUCUGAUAUAGAUAGAUAGGCAGCUUAUGAAGAUAUAUCUUCUUUAUUAAGAACUGUUGGUUUUUUAGGUUUAAGUCGAAUAAACAUGAGUGAUAUAGAUUAUCAUAUUAUAAUGAGAAAGGCUUAAAUAGAAGGAAGAGAAGAAGUUUUAAAUUAAAAUGGAAAUUAAGAAAAUGAAAGAACUUAAGUUAAAUUAUUUUAAGUGAAUAUGUUAGUAAUUUUUUUAUAAAAAGGUAUAUAUUUAUAUAUAAUUUAGAAAAAAGAUGGUUUAUAUAUAACUUCCGAUAGCUAAUAAUUAUUUUUAUUAGAAGAAUAAAGGCAAAAGCAACGUAUGAUGAAUAACGAUCGUUAUUUAUGUAAUUUUUUCAAAACAAAUGGCGAUUUAGUAAUCGAUUAGGAAUUUUAUGAAAAUAAAAUAUCAAAAAUAAGGAUUAUUUCGUUUCAUUAAAACCUAUCUUUAGCAACUAAAAGGAGAACAGCAGUAAUGUGUGAAAGACUAAAUUAAAAUAAACAUAUUCCAUACCGUUUGAGGGUGUAUAUAGGGAAAAUUGUACUUACAAAACACUUUAGGAUGAUUAAGGAAGAUUUAUAAAUGCAGGAAUUAAAAGAAUUGAUUAAAAAAUAUAAAGAUAGAUGCGAUUUGGCACUUAUACCAGUUUUGGAUAAGUCUAUUAAAUUAAUCGAAUAGGAAAUUGCUGAAUUCGAGUGCUAGAUUAAUAGAUAGCCUUUGAAGGAAAUCGCUAUAUUGAAAAACGAGAGAAAUAAUUUGUGUAAAUUAGUUUAGGAUGAGGCGAAUUUACUGAAAGAUUUAAUGUUUGAAAUCAUUGAAAAAUGGAAGUAAAUUUAAGCCACAAGAAUUGCAACUAAAAUGAAUUGUUCUCCAUUUAGGUUAUAUGCAAGAUAGUAUAGAAAUAAUGAGAAUGGAAACGAACUAGAACUCGGGCUGGGGAAAGAGGCUAUUAUGGAAGAUAAGGACGUGGAUGGGAUUGAGUAGAAGAGGAGGAAAUAAAUAAGAAAAGAUAAAAUUUUUGUCGAAUUAGUGGUAAAUGGGUAGGUAGUAACGAGAAGUAAGAGCUGCUUUGUAGAAUGGCCGUCUUAUGAGGUCAAGAUUAUGGAACAAUUCUAUAUAUUGGUGUUUACUAGACCUUCUUCAAUGCAGUUAAGGGUGAUUUAAGAUGGGAUUCUGGAAAAAAUUAUAGAUGUUAUCGAAGUGGAGAUUCCAGGGGACAAAAGUAGGAGUAUUACGGCGAGUGCGUAGAUCAUUAAAGAAUAUGAGUUUUGUUUUGGGGCAAAUUAGAGGAAGAUUUUUAGGGCAGUUUAAAUUGAAAAUGAGAAAAAAAAACUGCUUUUGAAAAGUAAGGAGAAGUUAACAUAAAUUUAGGGGAAAAAAGAAGAGAAUAAAAAAAAAGACGAAAAUAAUGAGAAUAAAAAGGAGGAAUAAGAAGAAGUAAAUAAAAAAGAAAAUUUAAAUAUAGACUUAUUAAAUCCUUAAGAAUUAGAGGAAUUACGAAAAGAAGAAGAGAAGAAAAUCCUAUAAAUGAAAAUCGAAGAAUUAAACAAAUAAGAAGAAGAAGCGAAAGAAAAAGCGCUUUAUAAGGGAAGAAUUAGUAUUCUGAGUGAAUGGACUGGUCAAGGAGAUAGAAUGCCACCUUAAAAUAUAGAUAAUUUUGGCAAAGGAGGAGGUUUAGAAGAUCAAAGUGAAAAUGAUAACCCAUAAAAUAUAGUAAAAAAAAUAUAAAUUGACAACGGGGAGGAAGAAGGAUUCCAUUUUGAUGUAAAUGACCCUAGAAACGAAUUAUAAAUAGAAUAAUUAAGACAAUUAAGAUAUAGGGAUUAAAGAACGAAAGUUGAGAGAGACUUAUAUUUGCCGUUUGCUCAUAUAAUGAGUUUAAGGUAAAGACUAAUUAAGUGUAGUUUGAUUAAUCCUGAUGUGGGUAAUAUACCGAUUUUCGAAGAAGAGAUUUUUAAUAGUGAAGAUCUAAUGAAGGUUAUAGAAGAUACGGAAAAGGGAAUAUUUUUAAAUGAGGAAAAUAUGGAAGAAUUAAACAGGAUUGAGAAAAAAGGGAGGUUUUUGGAAGAUGUAGCUAUUAGUCACAAAGAAGUCUUCGAUGCGCAAAAAAAGGAAACUAAGAAAAGAAUCGAAAAUAUAAAGAGGAUUUUAUUACAAAGAUAGAAUUUUGCAAAAGUAAAGAAAUAAAAUAACUAGUUUGGAGCACCUUUGGUAUUAAAAAAUGUUGUCAAUGAAUAUAGAAUCGAUGAAAAUGAAAUUAUACUCUUUGAACUUAUUAAAUAAUGCUUUACUUAAUAAAGAAAAUUAUAACCAAAGAAAAAAAAGGAAGAGAAAAUUAGACUGGUUGAUAUUUAGGAUAACAUUAGUAUUUUUAUACACAUCUCACAUGGUACUAAUGUACCUAUGAGAGAUGAUUCAGUUAGUAAAGCCUAAUUUAAUAAUUUAGUAGCUAAUAGAUAAAUGAAAUUAUUAAAUAAUAUAGGAUUUUAAGCUGUUUUUAUGUAAAAUAUGUAAGGAAAUAUGCCUAUGAAUAUGAUGGGAAAUAUGCCUAUGAUAAAAUAAAUAAAACCAAUUGAUUUUAAGAAUAUAAAUGAAUUAGAAAGAGUAAAUUCUUAUGUAUAAAUAAAGCUGAUAUUCGAAAAAUAAGAAUAAAUAGUUUGCUCUAAGCCUUUUGAAGGUAAUAAUCCAGAUUGGAGUUCUGAAAGACAAUUAUUAAUAUAAUAAUUAUAAAACCGAAAAAUUUCAGUUUACGAAAUAAAUAAUUAAUAAAAUAGGCUUUUAGUAAGUCUUUUUGACUUAAAAAUAACUAAAAAAAAAAGCAAGACUAAACUAGGAAAAGAGACUAAAAUAACGCACUCCUUUUAUUUAGGACAUAUAUGUAUUCCUCUAUUUACUCUUUUUUCGAAUUAAAAGUUAAAUGCAACUUUUAGAGUCAAUAGACCUAUUAUUAUAUUAGGAUAUUAUACUGAUAUUAAUAAUUUAUUAGGUUUUGACUCUGAAUAUGAUCCAUAAAAUACUCUAUAGGCACCCCCAUAGCCUUUAAAUUAGGAAAGUAAAAUUAGAAUUGACCCUUAGAUUCCUACUACCCUUAAUAUGUCGAUUAAUAUAGAGCCUUUCGUAGAAAUUUCCCAAGAAAAUGAUUAAUAGUUUUACGGCGAAAAUCAAGAUAGUAGGCUUCAAUAUAUAGCGAAUAUAUGGUUUGCGAAUAUAAAAAAAAAACCCAUAUUAGCUAAAAGACACAUUAAAUUAUUCGGAAACGAUAUAGAAUAGAACUCCUUUUUCCUCCCUAGAUAUAUAUCUAGACUAAAACCACCUAAUAUAUUUGUAGAUGGGAUAAAUGAGGCGAGAGAUAUAAGAAAGGACCCACAUGCAAUAGAAAAAGUUGCGAGAUUUGUAAGUUUAAUACCGUUUAAAAAUGAUACUGACCAUUUUAAAGAUAUUCCUGAUAUACAUUGUGAUUCGUAGUAGUUUUUAGAUUUAAAAGGAGGAGAUUUCGAAGAACAUGCUUUUUUACUUUGCAAUUAUUUCAACUACAUAGACUUUUAUUCAGGAAGGGAACAUAUUAAAUCAUAUGUAUUGUUAGGACAUGCGAUUCCUGAAGGAUAGACUUUCUAUACAUUAAGAAGAGAUACUAAAACUAAUAAAGUAGAAAUAUGGAAUCCAUCUACAGGUGAACCUUAUGUUAUGACUACGGAAAUUGUAGGAACUUAGUUUUUAUGUUGUACUAUAGGAAAAAAGAAAUAGUCUGUAAUAUCUAAAUAUGAUAAAGCUUGUCCAUUAUAUGAUGUCGGGUGUUUAAUUGAUGGAUAAAAUGUAUAUGUAAAUAUUUAAAAUAGUGGAAGUCCAGGACAGAUUGAUUGGAAAGUUGAAGAUGUGAAGUUUUGGUAACCUUUUUUGAGCAAAGUUUAAUAUGAUUCGAUUUUCGGCGAAAAUGGAAUAGAACCUUAACAUAAAAAUGAAGAUAGUCUUAUUUAUGAAGAUACACCUAUAGAACCUGUUUAGAGAUUAGAAAAAACUAUUUAGAGUUAUUUAGAAAAUAGGAUUAUUGAAAGUAGAUAUAAAGAAGUUAAUUAUAAUGCAGAGCAUACUUCUUUUACAUAAAAACAUGAUUUCUAUAUUAGAGAUAAUUUAUUAUAGUGGUUAGAAUAAAUGAAAUAUAAAUGUAGAUUGUCGGGAUUAGGGUCUGAUUUAUCUGAAAAUUAAAAUGGAUAUUAAGAAAAAUAUUAAAAUGCUAAAAUUACAUUGGAAAAAAUAUAAGGCGAGUUAGAUGAAUAUAUUAGAAGUGGAGAAAACCUAUAUGGAUUUCCAUUAAAUCUGUCGUUUACUUCAGUGGAUAAGGUUUGGGAUGAAUUAAAGCAUACAGGAAUUCAUGAAAUUUUAGCUAGUGAUAUGAAAUACAUUUGUAGUGUUAAAUGCUAUUCUUAUCCGAAUUUUAUAAUUUCGGUGUGGGUUUUUGUAGGAAUUGUAUAUUCAUGA